AUGCGAUACAAUCCAAUCCCCCAAGAGUGGAAGAGCAAUAUUAAUGCCUUACGACUCCUUAUCGAAGGAGACCAAACAGAUCAUUUGAGGGUGAAUAACCUUGGUUGGCAGUACGGUGGCAAAACAUUCAACGAUGCUGUCAAUUUGCUGAAAGAUGAUAUGAAAAAAGACCUCCAAGGCCAAGGCAUUGACGUUGCUGGAUGUACUGUGCGACAUUUUUAUAGAGGAGCGAAUAUUACCCCUCAUGAUCCAACAAAGCGAUUAUUGAUUAUUCCCAUCAAUGGGGUUUCGACUCUGUCCCCUCCAGGCCCUCCCAGCGGUGAAUUACCGCUUGAUACCUACUGCUUAAUCGAUGACCAACCGACUCUCUCUGGCCGAAAUAUUGAUGUUAUUUUCGUUGCAUUCGACGCACGGAAGGAGAAUCCAUAG